AUUGUGCUCCAUAAACAGUCAGUGAACAGUGAGAUGACCCCAUUAGGGAGACCUUCUCGUGGAGUGUUGUAACUUGUAAGCCUCUUUGCUUUGCUUUGCUCUACUCGUCAACUGGAGAGGGGGUCGUGAUGCAAAGUUGUUGAAAACAUGACAUGAAGGUUGACCUUCUGUCAUUGUUCAUUCAAUUGUAUAAAAAGUGUCUUUUCAAAUUAUUACAAUCAGUUUCAAAAAUAUCUCAGUUGUGUGGUGUGUGUUCAUUGCAAAUUGAUUGCUCCAAUAAUUUAGCUCUCCAUCAUGUAUCUUCUAAGUUUUCUGUGCAGUGCCAUCCUUCUAUCAAUCGGAUCAUCAGUCAAAGCAGCAAAACGACCUCCUCUUCCGAGUUCAAAUGUCCAGCUACACCACAAUGACACACAACACCCACAACUGACGACGAUUGUGACUCUUGAAAUCGACACACAGACGAAUGAGAGUCAUUUAACCGUCCACAACAUCACCGCUGAGGAACCUGAAUCGUUGGAAAUUCUCCCGCCAAAACAGACCGGAAACGCUUGUCGUUGUGUGUGUGGCGUGAGUAGUCGAACGAUGCGAAUAGUAGGUGGAAAUGAGACCAGAAUCAACGAGUUUCCCUGGAUUGCAAUGUUGAGCUAUAAAGGGAAGUUCUACUGUGCUGGUGCAUUAAUAACACGUCAACAUCUAUUGACUGCAGCGCAUUGUGUUGAAGGAUUGAAACACAAAGAAAUGUCGGUGCUCCUUGGUGAACAUGAUCGUCGAUUGAGAAAUGAAACUGAAUUGACUAAGAGAAAAGUGGCAAAAGUAAUGGCACAUCCAAAUUUCACUAUCUCAAACUUUAACAACGAUAUUGCCAUUCUAAAGCUUGAUGCACCAGUGAAUAUUCAAGAUUCCAAUCUCAGAACUGCAUGUCUGCCUCAAGACAAGAGUGCUGACUAUACAUCCAAAAUUGGAGUGGUAGCUGGUUGGGGAAGGCUCAAUGAGAAGAAACCCACAGCCAAUGUUCUCAAUAAAGUGUCAGUGCCAAUAAUGUCUACCGAACAGUGCUUAAAGUCCGGUUACAGUAAAUCGAGACUCACCAAUAACAUGCUUUGUGCUGGAUACUUGGAAGGCAAACUAGACGCUUGUCAGGGUGACAGCGGUGGUCCCUUGCACCUGAAUAGUUCCAAUUCAGCUCACAUGGAAGUUGCCGGAAUCGUGUCUUGGGGAAGAGGAUGUGCAAGGCCAAAUUAUCCGGGAGUCUAUACCAGAGUUGUCAACUACAAGGAAUGGAUCAAGGAGCAGUUGGAGGGAGAAUGCACUUGCGCCCCACCACAAAUAGACUUCAGCAGUGGCAGCGGCUGCAGUGAGAGUCACUUUCUUCGUGACCGGCGACCGCUGAGGACCGCACAGGCAUGCUGCCAGGCCCAGCACCAGCCCAACCCUGAGUGCCCAGUCCCCGUCGCCAGCAUGAGGAUCUUCUCUCUUCUAGCUCUUCUCUCAUCAACGGCGAUGACCUUAGUGGACUCGGACCUGCUCAACCGACGCCGCAGCUACCAACAUGACCACAACUAUGCUCAGGAACUGGAUGAUAACGUGAGCAACCGGACCGGACGACUGCUGUUCGACGAACUGUUUUUCGGAUCAUCGACGGAUGAUGGAGACGAGAAGGACAAUCUGGAAACCUGUUCUUGCCAGUGUGGUGUGAUUAACCAGGAGAUCAGAAUAGUCGGAGGUAGGCCGACAGGAGUGAACAGAUACCCGUGGGUGGCCAGGCUUGUCUAUGAUGGUCAGUUCCACUGUGGAGCUUCACUCAUCAAUACCGACUACGUUCUAACUGCAGCUCACUGCGUGCGACGACUCAAAAGAUCAAAAAUCAGAAUCAUCCUAGGUGAUCAUAAUCAGUUCGUGACCACUGAUUCUCCAGCGAUAAUGCGAAUGGUAUCUUCAAUUGUACGCCACCGUAAUUUCGAUCUGAACUCUUACAAUCAUGAUAUUGCACUCCUGAAACUUCGGAAGCCAGUUGAAUUCACGAAGAAUAUUCGGCCAGUCUGUCUUCCACCUACAGAUGCGGAUCCUUCUGGAAAAGUGGGAACAGUUGUUGGUUGGGGAAGAACAUCGGAAGGAGGACAGUUAUCUCCGACCGUGCAAGAGGUGCAAGUGCCAAUCCUGACAAUGUCACAGUGCCGAUCCACCAAGUACAGACCAAGUCGGAUAACAAACAACAUGCUCUGUGCUGGUCAUGGGGUGCAGGACUCUUGUCAGGGAGAUAGUGGGGGACCACUUAUCAUAAGCUCUGGUGAUGACAAGUAUGAGCUUGUAGGGAUCGUGUCGUGGGGCGUGGGAUGCGGCAGGCCCGGAUAUCCAGGUGUUUACACGCGCGUCACCAGAUACCUGGACUGGGUGCAUCGCAACAUGAGAGGAUCCUGUUUAUGCGUUAGCUGACACGUCCAAUGUGAUCCCGGUCUCAAAUCUCCAACUGCCCGGAGCUCGGAUAUUGCAAUGUUCUGUGAUACUCAUUAGAGAAAAUUCUAAUUGAA